GCAGCCGUGUGUCGCCCGCCCGCCCGACCGGCCUCAGGUCCCGCUGUCCUGUCAGACCAAGAUGGUGGUAAAGAAGAAGAAAGAGGUGCAGGUGGCAGCACUGGUCCUUGGUGGGCAGGAAGUUGCAACUUUGAAGGCUUUGGCAGAUGCUGAUGGGCAGAACCUGGCUUCUUUGCUUCUGCGCUGUGCCCAGCUCUCUGACGGCGUGCGUCAGAUCCACUGCCUCAAACAGAUGGGGCCGCUGCUGGAGAAGGCCUACGGCAGCGACGCAGAUGCCUCCGUGACACGGCACUGUCUGGAUGUUCUCGGAGUUGUCUAUUUGUCCUUGGGUCCCAAGAACCCCUUGAAGAAGGUGUUGGCUAGCACCCUCAACAGCCUCCCGGACCUGCUUCUGGCAGUCGCGGGCCACAGCUUCACUCGCCACCUCCUAGCGGAGCUGGAAACAGCCGAUGUCAAGUCCUACCCCAGAGUCAUGGACAAUCUCGCCUGCUGUCUGGAGGACUUCCACCUGGGUAAAGAAAGUGUCAAGAACCUGGUCUGGGAAGGUGAGGCCCUGAUGCUGGGCAUAGGGUGUGUGUGGCCCCAGGAGCAAGGGUACUGGUGAUGGGAAAAAGAUUUUGUGCUUCUCCACCCUACUGCUUCUCAGAGAAGCACUACCCUGCCCCCCGAACAAGGCGCUGACUGUCUCUGAGGGGCAGGGGAUGCGUCAAAG